CGCGCUUCGCUGACCUCUUCAGGCUCCUCCGAGCGUUCGUGCGUUCAACACCUCCGCUUCGGUUCCUUCUUUGUGUUCCCCCUGCGUUGGCUCGGGUUGAAUGAACCAGAUCUCAAGAGAUUGGAAGGCAAAGGGAGAGCAGCGGUUGCACAGAAGCGACAUCGAAGGGAGUAAAAAGGAACAUACAGCGAUGGCCAACAACUGUCGGCGAGGCCGCUCCAACCUGCAGAGUUUCCUCGACUCCACCACUCCUUCCGUGCCGUGCCACAAGCUUCCCAAGUCAUGUUGUCGAGCUGUGCAAGAGCAACUGACCGGAAAGGACAGCGUCGAAGAGUUCUUCGUCCUCGGAGACUUGUGGGAGCAGUACUAUGAAUGGAGCGCCUACGGUGCCAGCGUUCCGGUGUGCCUACACGAUGAGACAACGAUAAUCCAGUAUUAUGUGCCAUACCUAUCUGGAGUUCAGAUAUACACUCACAAAGCUACUGCUGCUUCCAGGGAGACCAGUGGGAACAAAUCUUGUAGUGACGGUGAGUACAAGACGCUGGCUGGUUUGGAUGCUGCAUCUCAGGGCUUCGACUUAGAUCAUGGGAAUGAGUGGCGAACUAGCGAGCACGCGAGGCACUUAUACUUUGAGUUCUUUGAGAGUUGUUCUCCUUACGGAAGGAUACCCCUUCUUGACAAGGUACUUGAAUUAGCUCAGACUUACCCUGGCCUGACUUCUUUUAAGAGUACAGAGCUGUCACCUGCGAGUUGGAUGUCGGUAGCCUGGUAUCCUAUUUAUCAUAUCCCAACCACACCAAGUGUGAAGGAGCUGUCCGUAUGCUUCUUAACCUAUCACUCAUUGUCUUCGUUGUUUCAAGAUCAUAUAAAGGGGAGCAUGGCAAAUGAUCUGGGCUUUACCAGAGCCGGAAAGAAUGGAACAAAAUCUGAGAAAAAGAACCACAUAUCCCUUCCUCCAUUUGGUCUAGCGACCUACAAACUUCAAGGGAGUCUUUGGACAUCAUUUGAAUCAGGAGACCACGAAAGAAUCAACUCCCUCUUUAGCGCUGCCAACUCAUGGCUCAAGCAGCUUAAAGCCCAACACCAUGAUUUCAACUUUUUUACCACUCACUGCAUGAGCAUGAGGUGCCUCCCCUGUUGGUAGAACACAUUUUUACAGCUUGCUGCAGCAGCUCAUGAUGGCUCAGAGCUCAGUAUCUUAAUAUGUUGAGGAUAAUAGAGAGGAGGAAUGGAAUGGAGGCAAACAUAAACUGUUUGACUGUGGUUCCAAAAUUUAAUCUUUUUGUAAAUAGAACUAGCGCUUUUACUUUUAUAUAAAGUGCAUUUUGUGGACUUAAAAAACCAUGGCAGAACUUUUUCUGCAUUAAGCAUGCAGAAGCUUGUUGAAUGUGGAACCUUAUGUAGAGGCAGAGAUGCUAUAUAGCCUGCUUUCAACUAUUUAAUCUUUGUUGGGAGGAAUUAUGUUUUGUUCAA